AUGUCAAGGGACCUGAAAUUCAAGAGCUGUGGCUACACACAUAGCAGUGUUCAGAAGUUCUGCUACGAGUGGACCAUUAGCAACUUUUCAUUUUGCAUGGAUGGAAUUUUGGAAAAUAUUACAAGCCCAGUGUUCUCAUUAGAGGCCAAUGAAGAAGAAAUGCAAUGGUGUUUGAGGAUACAUCCAAAUGGUAUUGAUGAAGAAAGCAAGGAUUACCUGUCAGUUUACCUGUGGUUGCUCAGUUGUCCAGAGAGUCCAGUUUGGGCAACGUUCCAGUUCUGGAUUAUAAAUGCCCAAGGAGAGAAAUAUCAAAUUAUAAAGGUCCCAAAUGUUUUAAAGUUUCUACCAAACCAAAAAUGGGGGCACAAAAAGUUCAUCCUUCGAGAUUUCCUCCUCUUUUAUAGGCACUGGCUUCUCCCUGAAGACCAGCUCACCCUGUGCUGCAAGGUGUGCAUAGUAGGACCCGUCUUUAGCAGGCCUGGACAGAACAUGACACCUGCAAUCAGGGAUCCAAGACAGAUGUUGGCAGAUGACCUAGGGGAGCUGUGGGAGAAUCCCCUCUUUACAGACUGCACCCUGGUGGUUGCUGGCCAGGAAUUCAGAGAUCACAAGGCCAUCCUAGCAGCUCACUCUCCAGGUUUUAGAGCAAUGUUUGAACAUGAAAUGCUGGAGAGCCUAACAAAUCGCAUUGAGAUCCAUGACAUUCACCUGCAAGUCUUUAAGGAAAUGAUGGCCUUCAUUUACACAGGGAAGGCACCACACCUCCACAUCCAUUCAAUGGCCACUGGUUUGUUGGCAGUUGCUGACAUGUAUGACCUGCAGGACUUGAAGGUCAUGUGUGAGGAUGCCCUGUGCAGGAACCUCUCUGUGAAAAAUGCUGUACCCACUCUCAUCCUGGCUGACCUCCACAACGCAGACCACCUGAAGACUAAGGCCAUGGAUUUCAUUAUACUUCAUGCUUCUGAAUUCUCUGAGACCCUGGGGUGGAAGUCAAUGGUGGAGUCAUAUCCCCACUUGGUGGAGGAAGCAUUUCACUCCCUGUCUUCCAUACAGUGUCCUUUUUUUGUAGCCCUCACUUAAACACCGUAAGAUAUUUUAGGUGCUUGAUUGCUAUGACCUACAUCUGUCUUCCAAAAGUAGCAAUCAGUGUUUUUUGCAAAUGACUUCUGUUUAGACUACUCUAUUGCUGGAACAUUUACAGUGAAUCUGGGGAAAGGCAGCCUGGUGGCCCAAGAUUUAAAACAGCUGUAAUGUAAUGUCAAAAUGGUGUGUGGGGAAAGAGCAGCUCUAGGGUCUUGGACACUCUACCUGGCAACUCCCCUGUUGAUGGUGUUUGAUUCUUGUCUGAUGUCUUGUAAACUGGGAUUCAACUGUCCUGACCACCCAACAUACUUUCUU